CAAAAGUUUUGUCUGAUGCUAAUCUCGGCGCUUCGGCAAAACUCUUCUUGGCGCAACUUCCACCUUUGAGCUGAGCUGUUGAUCAGCUGUAGUCAUCUAUCUACUAUGGCUCCUAAUACUGAUUCUUAUACCCGCGUCUUAAUUGUAACGUUAAAGUCACCUCCUGUUGGCAAGUCAACGUCACAGAUCUCAGAGUUGACUGGUGUCCAUCCUCGUACGAUUGAUCGUAUCUAUGGUAGAGCUAUCGCUGCUGGCUUUGAGCCAAAUGUCCUCCCUCUUAAGAUCCUCCCACACCACGUCCAGGAUGCCCCUCGCUCUGGUAGACCUGCUAAGCAGACAAAGGAGGUGAAGGAGCAGAUAUUUCAACAAGUACGAUGCGAUAGAUAUUGACGAGAGAAGACUUGCGCUGACGUUGCUGGUGGGCUCAGUCUCCAAAGAGUCGAAAUCUCUGCCUCUACCGUCUGGAGGGUAUUGAGAGAAGUGGGAUACAAGAAGACCAAGCCAACGAGGAAGCCUGGGUUGACACAGAAGAUGAGGAGUGCUCGUCUUAGAUCUAUAAUCUAUACGACGUUGAGAGACUACUCUAGUGUGGUAACUCGCCAGACUGUAACUAUAUUGAGCUGUGCUGGUUUUUUAUAUAAAGAGAGACUACAAAGAAAGGAGCUCCACAAUCAAGAGCUGAGGCAGUUAGAAUAUGGCAGUACUGCUAGAGAGA